UCGCCCAAUGCGCGCCGGACCAACGCGCAAAGUUACGCAUUACUUUAUCAAUGUCACAUGGCAAAGUUUAAACGAAGACAAAUCUUUCAAAAAGCACCUGUGAACUUCAUAAUUUAGGGAUUAAAGUGUUUCCCUUCGGUUUCUCGACGCUACCUGUCCGACGGAGGAGGGACGCAGCUCCGCGGUCGCGGGUGCCAACGCGUGGAUUAAAGUCCGCUCGCUCACCAGCAGCGCGGGACCUCCCGCUGAGUGGGAGGCUCCGCUCCUGCUCCACUUCCCUCCGCCGAGCUGUCGCGAGGAGCUCAUCGCCGCACGUGCGCGUUUGCCGAGCGGGACCCAGGUGACUGGCUCGGCCGGCGAGAUGGUCGCGAGACGCAGCAGGAGUCCGCUUCUGCUCACCGUCACCUGCAUGUGCUUCUCCGGAGGUUUGCUGUGGUCCUUCCAGGAAGAGGAUGCCGGUGGCGGUGAAGAGUGCUCUGAAAAUAAUAUUUCUACAACUAAGUACCCGUGCGUCAAGUCCACAGGAGAGGUAACCACGUGUUACAGAAAGAAAUGUUGCAGGGGGUUCAAGUUCGUCCUGGGUCAGUGCAUUCCUGAAGACUAUGACGUGUGCGCUGGCGCCCCCUGUGAGCAGCAGUGCACGGACCAUUUUGGUCGAGUGGUCUGCACCUGUUACGCCGGCUACCGCUACGACCGCGAACGCCACAGAAACCGAGACAAGCCCUACUGUCUGGACAUUGACGAAUGUGCAAACAAAAACACGACUGCGUGCUCUCAGAUCUGCAUCAACUCCGCGGGGAGCUACAGGUGUGAGUGUGAGAAAGGCUAUUUCCUGGAAGAGGAUGGAAGAACGUGCACCAAGGGGGAGAGAGCAGUCCAUCUCUUUGAGAAAUCUGGCAACGUGAUGAAUGCUGGGACCUGCUCCGCCACCUGUGACGAUUUCUACCAAAUCAAGAUGUCUGUUCUGCAGCUCAAGCAAAAGAUGGCCGUGCUGUCAAACAUUGCUGAUGUCCCUGAGCAAAUGACGAGUGAGAAAAUUUUGACGUCGCCCAUAUUUUUGCCAGGGCCUCCUGGUCUCCCUGGACCUUCAGGAGAUCCAGGACCGAUGGGCCCUCCAGGAUCUGCAGGACUACUGGGGCCUCCGGGGCCUCCUGGACCCAGGGGUUUGAUGGGACCAAUUGGACCUACACCUGACCUGUACCACAUCAAACGUGGCCCGCGAGGACCCGUGGGGCCUCCAGGAGCAGCAGGAAAAGACGGCCUGAAGGGGGAUAGAGGAGCUCCUGGGCCCGUCGGACCACCAGGCCCUCCAGGCUCCUUCGACUUCCUGCUCCUGCUGAUGGCAGACAUCCGCAACGACAUCGCCGACCUACAGAGCAAGGUGUACGGGCGAGCGAUACUCUCUCCCGGCGAGGACUUUCCUGCCGUGCCGGACAGCUGGAGGGACACGUCCAGGGAGAGCCUGGACACAGGGUCAGGGGAGGACUACAGGGAAGCUCCCCCUCGGACGGGAGGGGGGUCCAAGAGGAACAAGAAGAGGAAACCAGUGCAAGACAGAACAGACUUUGACUGGAAUAUUUAAAGAGUGGAUGUUAUAAACUUUAUGUCAGGUGUACAUAUUGUUAUUGCUUUUUAUUUAACUUUUUAUUAGAAUGUACUAUACGCACCCUGAACACAGAUGUUUAUUUUUGUAUGAUAUAUGAGAUUGUGUGUGACUAUUUUUUAACUAAAUGAGUAGACUGUGCAAAUGCAUGUCUCUGUUUAUGUUCUAUAUUUCAGACGCAUAUGGUCCCUUCACAGCACAUUAAAUGAGUCUCUCAUCAAAGCACUUUUCCCUCAUUACUUUAUGUAAAGUGAUUUAUUCGCUAAACUAUAAAUCGAUCAGUAUAAUUGUGCUUAAACUCGCAGGGGGGAUUAAAGCUGCAUGAAUGUUUUGAAAGCACUGCACUGUAACACCAGAUGUUAUCUGUAGGGCAUCAUCAUGUAGUGUUCAGUUGCUAUGGCAACAAAGUACAAAUCAAAAAGAGGUGCAAACAAAUGACCCCAUUAAAAGUGCAAUUAUGCACUUUGUUUGAACAAAUUCAUUUUGCAGAUAUGGAAUGUUGACAAUAUGUAAGGAGCGGAAUUAUUGCCAGGAAAUAGUCAUUCAGGGAUUUUAUAAUUGUACAGGGUGGUGCCGCUUCCAACUGAGAGCUGUCUGAACUAACACAGACAAAUGUGAAACAUGUGUACAUUUAUUUUAGGAUCUGGGGAAGAAAACGUUGACUAUCUAUUUCAUAGCCGGCAGGAGAUGUCUGUGGGGGUCAGACUGCGGUGGACCGUGAGUCUGUUGAUUGUGUUUUCCACUAGAGGGCGACUUUCUCAAAGACAAAGAUACAAAGAAACAGGUAUAAAGUUUACAACCAUUCCCUCACAAAGAUAACAUGGUUUUGAUCACACACUGCUGAUGGUAUAAUAAACACGCUUUAAUGCAGAAAAUUUCCAACAAUUCAAACAUCUUCUGUGAUUUAUUAUUAUCUUUAUGACACUAUUCACUUCUUAUACUCUGCUACAUCUAUACCACAUUACAUUAUAUGCCUGUAAAGUCAUAUCUUUAACUAGCUUAACAGUUUAAAUAGCUGUUAAAUGGUUUUGAUGCUGGGAUUGGGACAUGUUAUGAAAUCAUAAACUUUUUGGGGCCUUUUUUCACCACUUGCAUAGAUAGAUUUAUAUUUAAUGGAGCUUGAACAAAACAAGCUGACGUUAUCUUUGUUUUCACUAAUGACAAGACCACAUAAUUCAAUUUCAUGCCCUUGCAAUAAACCUUCGCUGUCCUUAAACCACAAUUUAUUUAUUUAUAUUUAUUACUAUACAUAUAUAGUGGUGUAGAUUCUUCUACAGCAUUUUAGCAAAAAGACAGUUAGUCUGAAUAUAGGAAACAUGCCACCAGAAUUACCUCUAUGGUUGUUAGGACGCUUCAUAUAAACAAACCAUGUCCACUAUUCCUGCUAACCAGGGGUCGAUUCCCCUAGGAAAUGUCUACCAUGUACCUCAAGAAAGGUUUUGGAAAAUGUAAUCAAUGUUUUAAUAAAGAAAAUCAUAACUUUGCCAAACACGAGUCCCAUAAAUCAUUCUGUGUCCCUAAAUGUCCACUAGGGGGCAGAAAUAAGUGUAAUCACACAACUGGGAACUAUGCACAACACUCGGUGUCCAAUGAACUCAUUAAACUUUACAGUUCAGUUUCUUGAAAAGCACAUGAAUAUGAUCAAAUUGCACUCAUAAAUAUGGUUAGGCUUGGGUCUUCUUUCCUUUUAGUUUGAUGUCUGAAUCACUGGCCUGUCCCUUCAUAUUUAAAAUUGCAUGAAAUAAUCAAAUUAUAUUUACA